AUGUGGGAAUCAAUCUGCUUGACGAUUGCGGCUACGGCCGGCAACAACAUAGGCAAAGUCCUGCAGAAAAAAGGCACCGUCAUUCUCCCACCUCUUUCUUUCAAGCUCAAGGUUAUAAGAGCAUAUGCUUCCAAUAAAACAUGGAUUAUAGGCUUUCUGAUGGACAUUUUUGGAGCUGUCUUGAUGCUGCGAGCACUAUCUCAAGCUCCCGUAUCUGUCAUUCAACCUGUUUCUGGCUGUGGACUUGCCAUCCUUUCAGUUUUUUCCCAUUUUUAUUUGAAGGAGACCAUGAAUACUAUUGACUGGAUAGGAAUUUCUUUGGCUGGCAUCGGCACAAUAGGUGUUGGUGCUGGAGGGGAGGAGCAAAACUCUUCUAUCUCAAUUUUCCAUUUACCUUGGCUGGCGGUUAUUGUUGCAUUCUUGUUUGUACUGCUUAAUGGAUGGCUUCGUAUCUACAGACGCCGACGAAGAGAGCAGGACUUGGUUCAAUAUGAAGUUGUUGAGGAAAUAAUAUAUGGCUUGGAAUCUGGCAUUUUGUUUGGCUUCAACUCGGCUGGUGCGAGCCCUCCCAAAGCCAUGGCAACAUUUGUCAAGAAGUGUGACGGAGAGGAAUUUUGGCAUCAGGCAAUCGGUCUCGGCCCGCACAAGAGAUACGAAUCCUAG